AUGAAGUCAAGUCGAGAGGGAGAAAAGGAAGAGAAAACCGCUAAGAUGUAUAAGAAGGACUCGUCUUGUUAUCUCCAAGUUUUUCCGGGCACUGAGAAGACUGCCAAAGCAGAUUCGACUUCCUAUCCUGUACUUGAAACAGCAUGUGAGGAAUGUGCAUUCAUGACAGAAGCGGCAAAGAAGCCUCCACCAAAAAUUGACGACUAUUUCGAGUUGGCGAAUCCAUUCGAAAAUGAAUGCGAUAUGCUCGAUGUAAGGGACUUUUCUCAGCUUUAUCUCUAA